UACAUGCCACCCCUUCAUUCCUUUUCUGCAAUCUUCAAAGCUAUUGACCCCUGUUGUGAUUUUCUUUGUAAGCUCAAAGAUGGCAUGGUAUAGAAGAUCAAAACUCGGAUUUGAUGCAACUUCCCGUUACUUCAUCUCCAAAAUCACUGCCCCCAAAUCCCCAAUCCGAAACCCAAUUUCAAGCACCAAUCACGACAAUAAGUUGAGUAAGUUUACGUCUUCUGCAAUUUCUCUGUUUUCACCCAUAACUGUUGAUAGGAGCUUAGGUUUUCGAUUCUUUGGAAGUGGUUAUCGAUAUUACUAUGUCGAUUCACGACAAAUUAGGCAUUUUAAGCCUCGAGGAUUCAAAGGAUGGUUUGAUAACCCUAGGAAUCUUUUCAUAGCUGUCUUAGUUGGAUCAGGGGUUGGGGUAACGAUAUAUUUUGGGAAUGUUGAGACAGUACCUUACACAAAACGGAAACAUCUUGUUUUGGUGUCUAGAAAUAUGGAGAAAAUGUUAGGCGAGUCUCAGUUCCAGAACAUGAAGGCUGGAUUCAAAGGGAAGAUUUUGCCAGCGAUGCACCCUGAAAGCGUUAGGGUGAAAAUGAUUUCCAAGGAUAUAAUUGAGGCAUUGCAAAGAGGGUUGAAGAAAGAGGAGGUUUGGACUGAUUUGAAUUAUGCUUCUGAGGGUGGAGCUGCAUCGGCGAGCAGAGGGAGGGAGGCUUUGAUGGCCAUGGCGGAGGAGACUGGUGGAGAAGAGAAGUGGCCGGCCAAGGAUGAAGUUCUUGAUGAUACAUGGGUUGAUCAGAGUAGGAAGAAGGGGAAAGAGAAGGGGGAAGUAUCGGCCACUGCCCAUUUGGAGGGAUUGAAGUGGGAGGUUUUGGUGGUGAAUGAUCAUGUUGUAAAUGCUUUUUGUUUGCCCGGUGGGAAGAUCGUGGUGUUUACAGGGUUGUUAGAGCACUUUAAAACCGACGAAGAGAUUGCUACCAUCAUUGGUCAUGAGGUUGCACAUGCUGUGGCAAGACAUUCAGCUGAGCAGAUUACAAAAAACCUCUGGUUUACCAUCGGACAGCUAUUUUUGUAUCAGUUCGUUAUGCCAGAUCUUGUCAACGUGAUGUCAAAUCUUCUGCUUAAGCUUCCUUUCUCCCGAAGGAUGGAGAUCGAAGCUGAUUAUAUAGGGCUGCUGUUGAUGGCUUCAGCUGGGUACGAUCCUCGAAUCGCACCAAAGGUAUUCGAGAAGUUGGGUCAAGUAGCGGGUGAUUCGGCAUUGCGAGAUUAUCUUUCUACCCAUCCAUCUGGAAAGAGGAGAAGUAAAUUGUUAUCUGAGGCAAGUGUAAUGCAGGAAGCAGUUGGCAUAUAUCGAGAGGCCAUAGCAGGACGAGAGGUUGAUGGUUUUUUCCUUUAGACUACAAAUACUUUCUGUAAUAUUCAUCAAAAAUGUAUUUUUAUAAAACUUUUUUUUUAAUUUAAUUAAACGAAUAAUACACGCUAACUGUUGAAAA